AUGAAUAAGGUCAAGGAAUACGUCACAAAACGAGUCACUCAAAUAUCAGACCUAAUAAAGGCAGAGUGUAGCUAUUUCGACUUUCUGCAACUUCGGGGAUCAGCCGAGGAAAAUUUGAAGAUAUACUAUCCGGAUGAAUUCGAUUUUGUUCUUUUCAGUGAAAAGUGGAAAGAUAAAAUUACUUUCAACGAAAGACAAAACCUUCCGGGAUUUGCGUACGCGAUGCGACAAGCUUCAACGUGUCUGGAUAGGUAUGUAUUAUAAUAAUAUCAAAGCCCAACAUAGUGCUUUAAGUAGAGCCAAUAUAAUUUUGACGACUUCAAAAUCCUAUCUUCCUCCUCUGACUCAUGCGAGCUUCUCAUAUCUAAAUGCAAACCUUCUCUGAAUGUCCAAGGCAGCUCUAUUUCUCUUAACCUCUUCCAUUUGCCACUCGAUUUUGUAUGUACUAUAGAAGUGUUUUAUUAGGUUUAAAGCCACGAGCGCGAAGCUCGAGUGGCUUUAGACCUAAUAAAACACGACCCGCGAGUUUUUUAAAUGGCUUCAAAAACGUAUGCAUAAUAAGUCAAAUCUUUAUAUAAAAAUCUUUAUAUAAAAAUCUUUAUAUAAAAAUCUUUAUAUAAAAAUCUUUAUAUAGUUUGCAUAACAAUGGUCUUUUGUUAAAGUGUUCUUUAGCUGGUAUAAAGACGCAUGCACGUGACUAAUUUCUUACUCAAGAUUGGAUAAUUGCUUCAUGAAUUAUUAAUGAGUUUUUGAAGUAUUAUUUAAAACACGAGCAGGAGUGUUUUAUUGGGGUUAAGGCCACGAGCGCGCGCAGCGCGAGUGAUUUAAACCUAAUAAAACACGUCAUGCGACUGUUUUAAAUGGCUUCAAAAACGUUUGCAUAAUAAGCCAAAUCACUAUGCUAAUGAUAUUUCAGUAUUGUCUUAAAAUCUUUAUAUAAAAAUUUUUUUAUCAAAAUCUUUAUAUAAAAAUCUUUAUAUAAAAAUCUUUAUAAAGAGGCAUGCACGUGGCUAAUUUGCAACUCGAGAUUGGUUUUUGAAGUACUAUUUAAAAAACGAGCAGGAGUGUUUUAAAAAUGGCUUCAAAAACGUAUGCAUAAUAAGUCAUAUCUUUAUAUAAAAAGUUUUAAAUGUUUUUAAGCGUUUAUUAGCAAGUGGGAACGACCAACGUGGCCGCCAUCUAUUCAAAUGGGGGUAACCGCUGGAAUAUUCUUGGCUUCAUUUUUACUAAAAGAGAUGCGCUAGCUAGUGUAUAUAAGAUAUCUAUGAUAUAUCCUUGUAAAUAUAAUAAUACUGUUAACCUAUAUAUUCAAAUUAUGCAUGUAUUUUAUCCACUUUGUCUGAAGAUGUCUUAAGUUAAGACGAAACGUCACAAUAAAUAUUUUUUCUGAUUCUUUUUGUUUUAAUGGCUCUCAAAAGCCUAUAUGUUGGGCUUUGAUUUUUAUUACCAGACGUGAUUCGACAACACGGGAAGAUGUUUCAGUGUUUGAAAGUUAAUAAAAUAGUCAAUGAAAAGAAAUUUUAGCUGCGUUGUACUUCGAAUCGCGUCCGGUGUGUCUCGGCCUUAAGUCUACGUUAGACUUUCUGUACUAGAUUAAUUAUAUAGUAUCAUUUAAGUUAAGAUUGAAACAACAUGCCAUAUUAAUUAAGUAUAUUUUACAGCUCACAUGCAUGUAAACUACUAUCAAAUAAUUAUUCUGUCUGCAGAACCAAUAAAGCGUUGGAGAUGUGAUUUGCUACUUCAUGUAGCUGUAUCUGAGGCGUUCGAAGUAAACAGUCCAUGCGUCAUGAUAAUGCAGUCUUCAUGAAGAAAUAAAGUUAUGCUCCCAGUUGGGCGAUCAAGACUGCUAGGUUUCACCUCACGCGCAUUUAUAAUAAGCGGGAUGGGGGGGGGAAUAGAUAAAAUACGGUAUAUCAAUUUAAAGUUUGUUCGUUCACGGCAACCAGGUGUAUCAAUCAUGUUUUCGCUCGCUACUCUGGUUUAUAUAAAUGAAAUACAAAACCCAGUCGAAUUGUAUUCACGACCCAACGUUUCGACACUCCAGUCUAGUUUCUUCAUCAGGGGUGAUCUAAAGUUGUAAAGUUGCUUCUUAUAUACCCAAGGGAUGAUGUCAUCUGCCAAUAUUCUUCUGGCAAAUAAGCACCGUCAUCCCUAUUCAAAGCAUGAUUAUUCAUAUCUAUAUGUAAUUGGCGAUAGCUGUUGCGGUUUCCCAGCCAUAUGACUCUUAUGUAUAACUUUAGUCUUUGAAAUAUGUACAUUUUAUUAUCUGUAUUAUUAACAAUUAUGGCGGCAAACCUUAAUAAAAUAAAAUAAAAUAAAAUUUAUGCCACGCUUCUAGGCAACGUCUUUGACCAUAACGAUUGUUUGUGGUACCUAAGACGUUGCCAAGAAGCGUGGCAUAUAAAUAUGAAUAAUCAUGCUUUGAAUAGGGAUGACGGUGCUUAUUUGCCAGAAGAAUACGUGCAUCUUAUAGGCAGAUGAUGUCAUCCCUUGGGUAUAUAAGAAGCCACUUUACAACUUUUGAUCACCCCUGAUGAAGACACUAGACUGGAGUGUAGAAACGUUGGGUCGUGAAUACAAUUCGACUGGGUUUUGUAUUUCAUUUUCUAUAAACCAGAGUAGCGAGCGAAAACAUGACGGUAUAUCAAGUUUCUUUUAAAAUAGGUACCAGCUUACAGACCCUGCAGGCGUCAUCGAUCCAGUACAAGUAAGAGCUCACAUGAAAAAUCUCGUGGUAAAAGCUUUGGAUAAACUAGGGAUUACAACAACGGUCACAGAAGUUGGGCCUGUGAUCAAUUUUGAUAUACCAUCCGAAGAAAAAUCCUUUCCAACAAUCGAUAUCGACUUGGUCUUGUACAUCCAACAAGAAAAUUGGCCCACGACUGCGACUACCGUUUUAAGCCCGGAACUGAGGGCGUUAGGCGUGGGGCUUGUCCCGAAAGUACUCGAAGAAGACGAAGAAGUCUGGCAAAUUUCAUUUUCUGCCAUUGAAAUACAGCUUUUCAAAGGCAUCGAUGCAGAUGGGGGAAGCCGAAGAAAACUGCUGAAAAUCAUGAAAUAUUUAAAGUUGAUUACUGAGUGGCCUAAAACCGUGUCGUCGUAUCAUUUGAAAACCAUCAUAAUGAAAAUGAAUCAGGAGCAUCCCGACCGAGCUUACUGGAUCGACGCCAAUCUCGUUGCCCGCUUCAGAGAGUUGCUCAAUGCGUUUCUUAACGCGCUGAAAACAAAAGCCUUGCCAAGUUUUUUCAUCCCCACCUUCAACUUAUUGAAAGGUAAAGAUCUCACGGAGGCCAUCCAGAAAGUCGAAAAAUUGAUAGAAAUUAUUAAGACAGACCCCAAUUCUCUUUUCCCACAACAAAGCGCAAUGUGUAAUCCGCCACAGACGUCUUCUUCUGUUAGCAACAAGCCACUGAAGAAUAAAUCGUUGAAGAAAAGGCUGAGAAUCCAUAGUUAA